AUGGAUCUGAUUUUCAUGGAAACUAGAAUGCUCCGAGAGAUCUCCUCGAAUUAUGUCUCUCCUGAACGUCGUGUUAAGGGAUUCAGAAGAAGAAACUCUCAACCUUAUCUACCAGGUAUGGAUAAGAUGUUAUUGCGUAGAUUAAGCUUUUAGAUCCGUUCGAAAAAUAUAACGUUGGUGAUGGUGUUAUCUCAAUGAUAUUUGACUAUGUUUCUGUCAGAGAUUUGACUAACUUAAUGGUGGUUUCAAAGAGGUUUAACCGUGUAGCGUAAGUUUACUUUAAACUUAACAACAAGGUUUUCUAUUUUAUGAUGAAUACAGUCUUAAUAAUUAUUUUAGUAUUGAUUUUAUAUAGAACAAAAAUUGUGAUAAAUAUAGGUAUUAUUUAGAUCACAAUCUAGUCAUUGGGAAAAGCUUUCCAUGAGAAGAACGAACAUAGACAUCGACGCCUUCCACAAUAUCCUUUCUCGGAAUGUAAAACAAAUUGAACUCAAACAGCCAUCGACUGUAAGUUUCUCGUCUGUUUUAUUUGAUGGUUUAGAUAUUCACGGAACAUAAAAGUAACGUUUGGAUGGACACUCCAUUAACAGUUCAGCCACAAAUUAUGUUAGAUCGAUUGGUUUACUUGGACUUGGCUAAUGUUGUGUUUAGCGAUUCAAACUGUUUGUUGUCUAUUUUGAAACGAACUAGAAAUUUGGAGGUGAGAAUUUUUUUUAUUACAUAUUUAAAAAUUAUUAUUUUUGGUCGCAAAUUAUUGAGUAAGGCAUGAAUUUAAGGGAAUUUUUAAUCAUACAUUUUUAUAUAAAAACAAAUACGAAGUUAACAUAGUAUAUUUAGGCUUUAAACAUAUCAUCUUACCCAUAUUUGGACACUGAACAUUGUGAUGCGAUUUCUAACAAUCAAAAUUUGCUUAUUUUGAAUAUUCAACAAUGUCGAGGUCUUACACACGAUGGAAUUGCCAAGCUUUGUAGAUGUGUUAAGUAGGUUUUUAAACUAAUAUGAGUAUUUUGUACAUAGUGUGAAUAUUGUUUUUCAUUAUUUUUAGAGUUAAACUUUUAACGCGUUAAUCAUUUAUUUUUUUUUAGUUUGAUUGAGUUGAACGCUGCUUGGACGAUAUUACCGAGCGGAGGGACGGCUUUACUUUGUAAAAUGAUUCCUGAUGGUGUUCUUCGAUUCAGCAUAGCUGGCAGGAGUCCAAAUGAACUAGUCGAUCCAUGUAAGUUUAACUACAGCAGAGUUAUACUUUAAUAUUCUAAUGAUGUUCUGUAUAAUUAUUUAUUACAUUUUUAGUGAUCCAGUUACUUUUGAAGAGAUGUGUUGUUUUGAGAGAGCUGGAUAUCUCAGAUUGCCCCAACGUAACUGAAGCCAUCAUUGAGUAUGUUAAUGAGCAUGAAGAACUAUUGGUAUUGUCAGCUGCCAGAUGUUACGCGAUCGAACCUGAAAAGUUAAUGUAUGUUUUAAAUAUGACCUUAGCUGUAUCUACGCUUAACUGUUUUUUUUAAUUUGGGUUUAUUACUAAAAGUAUUAGUUUAUUUGAUCUUUUUUGAACUUUCAUAUUCAAUUUACAAUUUUGGGAGCUUGAAACAUUAACAACAUUUUUAGGCGUUUUACCCGGCUACAGGUAUUGAACAUAUACGGAUGUGUAACUGAUGAUGGAGUAAAGUUUUUGCAAAGAAAUAUGAAACAUACUAAAGUCAACAGAUGCCCAUUUAUUGACAUCGCUCAACCAACCAUGAAGUCUUUGAACGCUUAG